GUUACUCUCGUCAUCUACGUGAAAGCUUUCGUCUUUGCGAUCGGUCGAGUUGGCUUUACAUUUUCAUGCUCGCGUGCUUUCAGACAGCCUUAUCUGUGCUACCUGUUAAUUGCGAUGUAAGUUAUAGCUACGCGCAUUUUCGCACCUGACAAUGAAGUUCAGUUAUCGUUCAUACGCUGCACUCGCUCUCGCGCCCUGGGACCAAGAUCACGUAUAGAGGAAGCUAUGAUCAUUCGGCUAUGUCGAUGCGUUGGGCCGAAAUCGUGCUGUACGCGAUGACGCACUUUCCAGAGGACCCGUAGAUAGCUGGGCUAAUGAAUCAAGCUAACUCGUUCUACUCCGCUUGGUUGCGUUAGGGCACCUCGGCGCCCUGAACCUCCUUGUCGGUAGUAGUUCCUGGCCGGCCUUCGUGGCCGCGCCAAUCCCCUGUGGCGCCUCCAUGGCGUCCCUGGCGUUGCUUAGGUCAGCUGUAGUGCGUCAGUACUGCUCUGGCUGCGGCGCGCCACUCAGUCGGCGACAUCAUCGUCGCCGUCCUGCCGAGCGGACCCCGCUCUGGCAAUCUUUGCCGAACAUCAUGACUUCACACCGUGGAGCCUUCGCGACCUAGCGUGGGUGGCGCGCCUGCUCGCCGUUCGACCUCGUCCUCAUGGCUUCGCGAUGCUUCUGGCGGGGCGCUCGCUGCUGCCGGGCUCGCAGUGGCGUGUCGCUGAGCGGCUCUUUCGGUAACGGCGGGCCGAUUGGAGCUGCUGGCGACUCUUGCUGUGGGCUGCUGCCGCGGCCUGACGUGGCGCCGGGCUCGCUGCGCGUGAACAGGGGCACGCUGCGGCGGGAGCCAGGACCGGCGUCUUCCGGGCGGCGGCGGCUGGAGCUGUGGGCGCAUCUACACACCUCGUGGUGUGGCCAGUGGAGAGACCUGCUUGGCGAAUGCAGUCUGGCGAAGGCAGUCCAGCGAAGGCUGGCUGGCGCAGGCCGACUAAGCGAAGGCUGGCUGGCGCUGUCUGCUGUGCUAGGGUGUUGCGCGGCUGUGUGGAGUUGGUUGGGCGGUGGGCGUGCCUGCACCGCCUGCGCUAGGGUGCGGGCGCUGUGGCUUGUGCUGUCUGGUGGGUCGGACCGGCUGAUCCUUGUGGUUCAGCGAACUUGCACGGCCCUAGGCCGUCGACAGGAUGCAGCUUCGGGCUGCACCCAACAGUGUGAGGGCCCUGCCCUGUUGGUGCUGGUGUUUUGGGGUAGGAGUUGCACUUUGCAAAGUGGCAGUCAGUCUGACGCCGACCCGCGGCUUAGGUGAGCAGCGCUAGCGUUUGCGGUGAGCCUUGCUCGGGGUUCCUCCCCUCCUUUAGUGAGGCGAGGAGCAUGGGGGUCAUUCGAGGUUCUCUCCUCGAGUGUGCGUACGUGUCUCGUGCGUUUAUGAAGCCCUGGCUUGCCCGCGGCUGUCAUCCCACAUGUAACCUCUAUUCGCU